AUGAUUCUCGAAUUUCUCGUCUCAACAAUUUUCAUAUUCGCCUUACUAUUCAAUAUGUAUCUCUCCAUAGUUAUUAUGGUAUAUGGUGACAAGACAAGAAUCCCAACCGUCUAUAUUUAUAAUUUACUUAUGGCCAAUUCGUUGGAUAUCAUUAUGUUAUUCAUUGGAUUCUUAUUGCCAAUGCUAUGGGAUGAUGACUUCUACUACGAAUUUCGAUCAAUUACUGGCCCCGUUUUCACAUUGAUUUGCUCAUUCUCCUACGAGCAUCCCCACUAUUUAUCCUUGCUCAUGGUGAUCCAAAGAAUCUGCAGUGUUUAUAGUCCGAUGACAAAGUUGUUCAACGACGAAUCGCUUUGGAUUUAUUGCGCAAUAAUUGCAAUCCUCUCGUUGAUAUCACUUAUCAUUCCAUUCUUCUCCGAAUGCCAAAUCAAUAUGAAUCAAAGAUUGCUCACAUUUGAGUCAGCGUGUGCUCCAAAUCGUCAUACGAUAACUCUGAUUCAAAAUCGAUACCUUCUCGUGAUCCCAUUCGUCUCAAUGAUACUUAAUAUUGGUUUAGUUUUAUAUCUAGCGGUGAAGCGAGGAUAUCUCAUGCAAAAUUCUAAUCGAUCGCAAAGCACAUCAACGGUGAGCGUUAUCAAUGGUCCACACUUGAUGUUCUCAAAAAAAGCGCGAAAUCUCGAGCGAACCCUGAUGCUUCAAUCAAUUUCCACAACGACAUUCAUUUUGAUCUACGAGGUUUCCGCGCAAAUCAUUGCUCUAUUUCCGCACAUUUAUUCAGAAUUCUCCUACACUACCAAAUUCUACAUAUUCUAUAUUCGAAUAUCAUGCUCAUGCCUUCUCAAUUUCCUUGUUUACGGCAUCGCGACGAGCUCAACUCGGCGAUUGCUUGUGAGCAACUUCAAGCAAGUCUUCAUUGUUCAACCCGACGCAAGAUCUGCUCAUUCGACAUUUCCGAAGAGAUCGACAUUGAACCUAUGA